ACCAGUUGUAACCAGUGCACAUUCCCAGACGCGCAAUUACCGGCGACACGUGGACAAGUGGCGAUACGCAAAAAGGUUGACCCAUUUCGGACGGCCUUAUCAUCCUGAGCGAUCCACGCGCGCGAUACAGUUCAGCGAAUCGAUAAGGGCGGCCAUGGGCGACCAUGGGAAAAACCGGUUAGUUGGCACUUCAGGAAGGUCACCAUCCGGAAGAGUGCUAGGGCGGACCCAGCUAUCGGUCAACUGGCGCGAGCCGGCCCUUUGUACCGCGUACUUCAUGCAGACUAAUCUUAUCUUGGGCCGCGUCCAAAUCGAUCCCCAGGAAUGAGGAAUCCGAGUGAUAACUAACCCAUCCAACUAGUAUAAAUAGUUGGAACUGGAUAACUAGCAAACAUAGUUCGGUGAUACCUCAAAACGUCAUGAAGUUUGUUGUACUCUGCGUAGCCAUCGCUGCAGUCGGUGUCUUGAGCGCUCCCCCUGAACUGCCUCAACGACCACGUCCCUGGAAGACCCCGUCCGUUCUCCUGGAACGCUUGAACCCCAACACAAGCGGACGAAUCGUCGGCGGAUUCAAAGUGACCAUCGAAGAUGUCCCCUACCAGGUAUCGCUUCGGAACUGGUCCGGCUUCCACAUCUGCGGCGGUUCCAUCAUCAGCCCGCGAUGGAUCCUAACAGCUGCCCACUGCGCUCCCACUAGCGCCAACCCCUUCAGCACCAUCAUGGUCGGAUCCGCGGACCGCAAGCAAGGCAAGGUCUUCAAACUGAAACGGAUAAUCUCCCACCCCCUGUACGACCCGAACACCGUGGACUACGAUUUCUCCCUGCUGGAACUCCGCGAGGACAUGCCUUUCGACAGCACCCGAGCUCCCAUCCCUCUCCCCGAGCAAGACGAAUCCCUCGCCGAGGGAGCUCUCUGCCGGGUAUCCGGAUGGGGCGACACGAUGAGCUGGACCGAGUCAACCAGCAUGCUCCGGGCUACGGACGUCCCGUCCAUCGAUCAGGACCGCUGCUCCGAUGCGUACACCAACUUCGGAGGCAUUACACCGCGGAUGAUCUGCGCCGGGUACUGGGAGGGCGGCAAGGACGCCUGCCAAGGUGACUCCGGAGGUCCCCUCGUCAGCAACGGAAAACUGGUGGGAGUGGUUUCCUGGGGCUACGGAUGCGCCCUGGAAGGCUUCCCCGGAGUGUACGCCCGGGUGGCAGCCGUACGCGACUGGAUCCGCAAGGAAAGUGGCCUGUGAUUGAUCUGUGAUUGUUGUGUGAUUCAAUAAAAUAGCUAUGUUAUCUGAAUGAGAGUGUGGGAUUUUCUGUUGAUAACAGUUCCAUGGAAUAAGGAGGACAACUACGCAUUAAUUGGUGGUGAUUAGUUCCAAUAAAUGAUGCAUUUUGUAGUCGGUCGAAUGGUCGGUUAGACGGACAGGCUUGUUGAUAACAACGAUUAUGACUUGAUUCAGAGCGUGUAAUGGGUGCUUUGAGAGCAAACGGCGGGUAUAAUUUCAACGAUUGAUCGAUCUGUUUACCAAUAUGCAUGAUGAUGAAUGGUUCUGAUUAGCGGUGGAGGCAUUUCCUGGCUACACUGUUGAGAUGCAAUUAAGCAUGGUAAUUGAGUGGGGACA